GACUGGCACGCAGCAGCCACGGAGGCUGGCAACGCCAUACUGGCGGUGAAUCCUGAGAUUCUGAUUGCCGUGGGCGGGAUCAAUUACGGCAAGGAUCUCUCUGGUGUUUACAGGCUGCCCGUGAAGCUCGACAAGCCCAACAAGCUUGUGUACACUGCCCACAGCUACUCAUGGUCCUACCCAUGGUUGGCAGAUCGCUACCAGGCCUUACAUGGGCAGCUGGGCAAGGACUGGGGAUUCAUCGUCGAGGAACACAGGCCAUUCACUGCGCCAGUCUGGGUCAGUGAAUUUGGCACUUUCAGCGACUGCCACAAGGACUCGUGCGCCAACUGGUGGCCGGACUUCCUCCAGUACUUGCUCCAGGGCGACUUCGAUUGGGCUGUCUGGCAUGGAGAUGGCACCUGGAGCCGAGAUGAUCUACACCCUUUUCAUGGCCCGACGAACUAUGGCGUGCUGGCUGCCGACUGGCAAACUCCAGCAGCCAGCGGCGAACUCCUUGCUGCGCUCCAAACCGUUCAGGCUCCAUGGAGUGGCCCAGGUGUAAGGUCUUCCGCACAGCGGUGCAAUGCGCACUGUGCAGACUCCUGGGACUCAGGCUGGAGCAAUGGGCGAGCGAACGCUGCCGCAUGCGCCCCGUGUCUUCGGAACAGGCCUUGCCGAGGCAACCUGUCGGUUGAGGAUUGGUGCAACAACGGGUGGGCGAAGGUGAGCUGUAGCUGGACGUGCUGUCGCGCAGGGCUGCUGGAGCCACAGACGUGCGAAGAGUCUCGCUGUCAAAGUCGCUACUCAGAUAAAUAUGAUCCGUCGUGGCCAUCUGGUCUUGUGAACACCAGCGCCUGUCUGAUCUGCUUGCAGGAGGAGCAGUGCCGCGGAUUCAGAAGCCGAUCCAGCUGGUGCAGCAGCCCCUGGGCGGCGACGCACUGUCAGUUGACAUGCUGCACGGCUGGCUUCGUUUCUCCUUCCAAGAAGUCGGCCUCUCUCUUCCUGCAGUAG